AUGGAAGAUGGGAAAAAAGGGAAAAGGGAUGGAAAAUGGGAAAAAAGGGAAAAGAGAUGGAAGAUGGGAAAAAGGGAUGGAAGAUGGGAAAAAAGGGAAAAAGAGAUGGAAGAUGGGAAAAAGGGAUGGAAGGAGGGAAAAAGGGAUGGAAAAAGGGAAAAAAAGGGAUGGAAGAUGGGACAAAAGGAUGGAAAAAGGGAAAAAAAGGAAUGGAAGAUGGGACAAAAGGAUGGAAAAAGGGAAAAAAGGGAUGGAAUAUGGAAAAAAAGGGAAAAAGAGAUGGAAGAUGGGAAAAGGGAUGGAAGGAGGGAAAAAGGGAUGGAUGAUGGGAAAUAA